UCUGCUGACUUCCGUCAUUCGUCGAUCCGUCCACGGUGGAACUGGUGGAAGGUGGAUCGAUGUGUUGUUUCGAGCCGCUCGAACACAGGAAGAGUAGAAUUCGUUGAAGAACGAAGCACACGUGCGAUAACGUCGAGAUGUCCGGAUACGCCGGCCAGGACAACAGUUACUGGGCCCAGUCGCCGCCGCCGCCGCAGCUGCCGCCGCAGGACCAGUUCAACUUCGAGGCGUCCGGUUUCGGCCAACCUAACCAACAAUUCGAAUUUCAGACGUACGAGCAGAUGCCCGGCAAUUACUCGUACGGAUCGAAAACUUUUCUGGAUCCCACGCAGAGCCCCUACAGCAACGAUCUGUUCACGCAGGACGAUUAUGUGAAAGGCACCAAUGGCUUUGGCGAUGAAGAAGAUGAGCCACCUUUGCUGGAAGAGCUCGGCAUCGAUCCUGAUCGGAUAAUACAAAAGACUCUGGCUGUGUUGAACCCUUUCCAUAGGAAAGGACAAAUUGACGACGCAAAUUACCUGCUGCAAGAUUCAGAUUUGGCAGGACCCGUGGCGUUCUGCCUAGUCCUUGCGGCGUUUCUCCUAUUAGCUGGUUCCAAAGCGCACUUCGGCUAUGUAUAUGGAUUGGCCAUGAUCUCCUGCAUGCUCAUGUACAUUCUACAAUCCCUGAUGAGUAGCAGCGGUAACAUCACUCUAUCAUCCGUCGCGUCCGUACUAGGCUACUGCUUGUUGCCAGUCGUUGUUCUGGCAGGUCUCGGUGUCUUCACUACGUUACGGGGUCCGAUAGGCUUGAUUUUGGCAGUCCUUGCCGUCGCCUGGGCAUCCCUCUCUGCUUCUAGACUUUUCUCCACGAUGUCGGGAGAGUCGGACCAGAAGCUUCUCAUAGCGUAUCCGUGUAUGCUUCUCUACGGCGUAUUUACGUUGAUAAUUAUAUUUUAAGUAAGAAAUAUAUCGGUUGUACAUAUAUAAGUUUCACCCUUGAUUAAUGAUCAAAUAAACUUUUCGGUUCUCAACAAAAAGCGGAUUUGAGCAAGAAGCGUAUUUUGUUUACACCUAGAUUGGUGCCAAUGAUUAUACGAUGAUAAAACAAAAUUUAUUUAUAUUUUUUGUAAUUGCACUCUGAGUAUUAGUAAACGAUGCUGUUGAUGCAGCAGUCAAAACAAUACAUGAUUUUAUAUCUUUAACAAUGUUCCGAAUUAUCUUAAUAAGCAUAUUUUGGUAGAUACGCUUAUUUUAUAAGUAAUAAAGCACACGAAUAUACGUCAUGUUUAGUGCUAGCAUUAGAUUAAGUCAUUUGUUAUACAAUUUCUAAAUAAAGUUUAUGAUAUUAA